AUGGGACUUCCUGAAGUCGCCAAGAAGGGCACCGAGGCCGAAAAGGUCAAGAAGGCCAAGAUCGCAGCCAACAGCGUCAAGAAGGCGACCACCGCGAAGGGCUACAAGAUCAGGCGCAACACCCACUUCUUCAGGGGACGCACCCUCGCCCUGCCCAGAACGCCCAAGUACAGGCGCCACCACCGCACUGCGCUCUCGAAGAAGCUCGACAAGUACUCGAUUAUCAAGUACCCAUUGACCACCGAGAAGUCGAUGAAGAUGGUCGAGGAAAUCAACACCCUCGUCUUCAUCGUCGACUCCCGCGCCAACAAGAAGAAGAUCACCAAGGCCGUGUCGGACCUCUACGACGUUAAGUGCGUCAGAGUCAACACUCUGAACCGCCCCGAUGGCCUCAAGAAGGCGUACGUCAAGCUGUCGCCUGACCAGGACGCGCUCGACGUGGCCAACAAAAUCGGUAUUAUCUAA